GAGCAAGACUUCGCCUGCGAGGAGGCGGCUGCCGGGCGCUCCCCCGCGCUGCUGGGCGCUCGGCGCCUCCGCGGCCCCCGGUCGGAGCUCCCUCGCGCGCGCGGGGCGCGGGGCCCGGACUUGCUUCUCGGAAGGGGUCGCUGACCUAAGUCCAAGCUGGUGUGCACAGUGUCCGCGCAGGCGCCGGCCCGAGAGCUGGAGUCACCAUGGCGGCAGGAGUGGCAGCCUGGCUGCCUUUCGCGCGGGCGGCGGCCAUCGGCUGGAUGCCGGUGGCCAACUGCCCCAUGCCCCUGGCCCCGGCCGACAAGAACAAGCGGCAGGACGAACUGAUCGUGCUCAACGUGAGCGGGCGCAGGUUCCAGACCUGGCGGACCACGCUGGAGCGCUACCCGGACACGCUGCUGGGCAGCACAGAGAAGGAGUUCUUCUUCAACGAGGACACCAAGGAGUACUUCUUCGACCGGGACCCCGAGGUGUUCCGCUGCGUGCUCAACUUCUACCGCACCGGCAAGCUGCACUACCCGCGCUACGAGUGCAUCUCGGCCUACGACGACGAGCUGGCCUUCUACGGCAUCCUGCCCGAGAUCAUCGGCGACUGCUGCUACGAGGAGUACAAGGACCGCAAGCGGGAGAACGCCGAGCGGCUCAUGGACGACAACGACUCGGAGAACAACCAGGAGUCCAUGCCCUCGCUCAGCUUCCGCCAGACCAUGUGGCGGGCCUUCGAGAACCCGCACACCAGCACGCUGGCCUUGGUCUUCUACUACGUGACCGGCUUCUUCAUCGCCGUCUCGGUCAUCACCAACGUGGUGGAGACGGUGCCCUGCGGCACGGUGCCCGGCAGCAAGGAGCUGCCGUGCGGCGAGCGCUACUCCGUGGCCUUCUUCUGCCUGGACACGGCCUGCGUCAUGAUCUUCACCGUGGAGUACCUGCUGCGGCUCUUCGCCGCGCCCAGCCGCUACCGCUUCAUCCGCAGCGUCAUGAGCAUCAUCGACGUGGUGGCCAUCAUGCCCUACUACAUCGGCCUGGUCAUGACCAACAACGAGGACGUGUCGGGCGCCUUCGUCACGCUGCGCGUCUUCCGCGUCUUCCGCAUCUUCAAGUUCUCGCGCCACUCGCAGGGCCUGCGGAUCCUGGGCUACACGCUCAAGAGCUGCGCCUCCGAGCUCGGCUUCCUCCUCUUCUCCCUCACCAUGGCCAUCAUCAUCUUCGCCACUGUGAUGUUCUACGCCGAGAAGGGCUCCUCCGCCAGCAAGUUCACGAGCAUCCCCGCCUCCUUUUGGUACACCAUCGUCACCAUGACCACGCUGGGGUACGGAGACAUGGUGCCCAAGACCAUCGCUGGAAAGAUCUUUGGGUCCAUCUGCUCCCUGAGCGGCGUCCUGGUCAUCGCCCUGCCGGUGCCCGUGAUCGUCUCCAACUUCAGCCGGAUUUACCACCAGAAUCAGAGAGCGGACAAACGCAGGGCACAGAAGAAGGCCCGCCUCGCCAGGAUCCGUGUGGCCAAAACAGGCAGCUCCAACGCCUACCUGCACAGCAAGCGCAACGGGCUCCUCAACGAGGCUCUGGAGCUGAUGGGCACCCCGGAGGAGGAGCACGUGGGCAAGACCACCUCCCUCAUCGAGAGCCAGCACCACCACCUGCUGCACUGCCUGGAGAAAACCACUGGGUUGUCCUAUCUUGUGGAUGAUCCCCUGUUGUCUGUACGAACGUCCACCAUCAAGAACCACGAGUUCAUAGACGAGCAGAUGUUCGAGCAGAACUGCAUGGAGAGCUCGAUGCAGAACUACCCGUCCACAAGGAGCCCCUCGCUGUCCAGCCACCCGGGCCUCACGACCACCUGCUGCUCCCGGCGCAGCAAGAAGACCACACACCUGCCCAACUCCAACCUGCCGGCCACCCGCCUGCGCAGCAUGCAGGAGCUCAGCACGAUCCACAUCCAGGGCAGCGAGCAGCCCUCCCUCACCACCAGUCGCUCCAGCCUUAAUCUGAAAGCAGACGAUGGACUGAGACCCAACUGCAGAGCGUCCCAGAUCACCACAGCCAUCAUCAGCAUCCCCACGCCCCCCGCGCUCACCCCCGAGGGAGAAAGCCGGCCGCCCCCCGCCAGCCCGGGCCCCAACACGAACAUUCCUUCCAUAGCCAGCAACGUGGUCAAGGUCUCCGCCUUGUGAAACCGCUGCGCAGAGGGCCAGAGUGGGUAGUGGGGGUGAGGAAGGCUGGCGGGUCGGUGGGUGGCCACUGGGACCGCUCCGUCCCCUCUCCCCACCCGCAGUGAUGAAAUUUGUGCCUGGGAGGAGCCGGAGGCAGCAGAGGGGGCCCAAGGUCACUGUGGCGCGCACAGCCCUGGGGGGCCGCCUCCCCUGGGGCCGCAGGAAGGGGGUGGGUGGGGCAGGGGAUGGGACCUUGGGGUGGAGGCUGCUGCGUGCCAGCCAGCGCAGGGCCUGGAGGGGGGGCCAGACCCAGUAACUUGUUUCUGGAGACCCCCACGAGGAACAUGUGAGACGGAGAGCAGCCCAAGGCCACGGAGUUGUCAGAUGCAAAACAGGAAGACAAUAUAACACUGUGUAUUUAAGCACCUUUUCGAGGCUCUUAAUGGAUAAUAUUUAUUCAUGGGAAAAGGUGGAAACAAAAACCCCGACGGAUUUUUGUGAGACAUGUCUCUCCAUGGACCCGGUACCUUUGAACCAAAACAACGCAUUUUGUGAGGGUUGACUUUUUCUUUUUCUCCUUUUAUAGCAAAAGCUUUUAGGCUAAGAAACCAGUUUUUGCUGAACUCUCUCUCCAUUCCCCCGGGGCAGGGGGGCUAGGUCGUCUGUGCCUGGGCCCCCACCACCCGCUGACCUGCACAGAGCCGCCGAGUGACCGCACGGCAGCGUGUCCCCUCGGUCUGCCCCUGCCCCCCGUGUCUGUCCCACUAUGCUUCAGCCCCUGGCUGUGUGUCAGCUGUCCUGCCGUCUGUCUCCACACGGACCCGCGACCCUGAGUGCACCGGCGAGGCCUCCUCCACGCGGCCCCCUCGGUGCACAGGCAGCUGCGGAAGAGAAGGGAGCGAGGCCGAGAGGGAGGGAGGGUGCAGGGACCAGGGAGGACCCCGCAGGGAACUCAGUGCGUCCGUCCAGCUCAGACAGGGAAUGCCCGGCUUUGUCGCACUGGGGUCUCAGAAAAGGAGCUAGCCCACUCUAGGUGUGGGCCAGUGGGGAGGACCAAGACCCCAGGCUCACCGCUGCCACGGCCCGUGGCUCCCACCACCGAGCCCACCCAGUGCUGUGCGCAGAGCCCCCCAGCACGGUCCUGCGGAGGGCAGGGGCCUGCGCUUCCGCCUCAUCGCACGCUGAGCAACGCCGCACGGAGGCCUGGGGGCCCCACGGAGGCCGCUCCAAAGCGUGUGAGCAAGAGAUGCUGGACGGGCCGUGCCCCGUCUGGAGGCGUCUCGGCGUCUGAAGUCUUCAGGCCUGAUGUCCCCAAGGGCAACCGAAGUGGGGAGAAGCCUGAUGACCCCCGUGCGAGUGGGCGAGUGGAUAUUCUUUCUGGGCACCUGGACAGGGUUUCUGUUCCAGUGGCUUGCACCCUGGUGGGGCCAGAACAGCCUUUCUGGAGUCCUCUCCGUUUUCACCACUGAUAGGGGAGCAGGGGGUCCUCGGGGUGAGUGACUAGCCCCUUCCCACGCCCUCUCCCCCCUGCCCUGUAGCACUCUCCCCAGUGGUGGGCAGACCUGUACCUGUGGGCCCGGGGCGCUCUGCCCACUGCCGUCCAGAGGAGGGCGCCAGCCCGGAAGCCGAAUGCCCUUUCAGCAGGCUGUCCCAUGACCCCAGCUCUGCUGACCCCGAGCGAGAAGCAAGUCCAGAGGUUACGCGGGGGCACCUCACUGGAAGGCUCGCAGGGCACGGAGGAGGGGGUGCCUGCCCCGUGUCUCCUUUGCUGUCCUCACUGAGCUCAAACAGAGCCCUGUCUCCGGGUCUGGCCUCAAGGAGUUCUCCAACACUGGAACGGGGUGGCGCCGGCCCUCCAGGCUUAGGGUGCAAGUGGGUGGAAAAGCUUAACAGCCACGGAGGAACACGCGUGGGCCACACAACCUACACACGCCCGAGAACAAGCAAUUACACCCAUUUGCUCAUGCGCGUCAGGGGAGGCAGAGGACGGGGCUGGGCCCAGGCUAGCGGGCAGGCAAAGGCCCGGAAAAGGGAUUUUUCUGGGAAAGAACGGGUAAUGGCACCUAGUGAGGAGUGUUCAGGUAUCUAAGUUCGCAUCCCGGGAACCGAGUGGGGUGAGGGGCAGAGGUGGGCGGGGACAUGGCGCUGCCGCACACAGGCCGGCGUCCCAGGGUGAUGGCUGACCCAUCGCAGAUGACACGUCUGUGCACCAGGGGAGCACAGUGGCCCCCCAAAAUCAGUGAACAAACUUUAAUAAUCACGUCCCAGGGAAUUUUCCACUUUUUGAUCCUAAUGAACUCAAUGUUUUGUGUUCCUCUGGCUCCAUUUCCAAAUCCCACAUUAUGCCAGUUCCUAAAAAGCCCGCUAGACUUUCCCCUUGCACCUCCACCCCCAGCGCGGCCUCAGGCAAAGGCAGGAGACCCAGCUCACCUCUGGUGCAGAAGAAGGUCAGCCCAGGAACGUGGCUCGUGCGCGCACGGAAUCCAGCGCAGGGACUGCGCGCGGCACGCGGAGGCACACAAGAGGGUCGCUGGGCCGGGUCGGUGUAGUGUGGCUCCCUCACUGGCCAGUGGCGGAAGAACCCGCUCUCACGGUCUUCUGGGCAAUGGCCUUGAACUUGGCCUAGUUUAUCAACCACUUCCGGGUAGUAGAAGAUUCCCAAAACCACCUGCACCGUUCGAUCCCACUCAGCAUUAGAGGAGGUUCAAAACAAAACAAAACAAAAACCACAAAAACCAGAACCAUUAGGCUACACUCAGAUGAAUGCAAACUUGGGAACUAGGGAAUAAGAGUGUAUCCGAGCCAGACGGGGCUGAGGAACCUCUGUAAGAGUUGACAGCACAGAAAGCGGAGACCCAGGGGAAUAAAGUGACUUGCUUGAGGUCAGGCAGUCGUGUCCCGACAGAGCUGGGGCGGAACGCACGUCCCUGGGCCAUUAGUGCAGCGCUUCUCCCCCGGCCCGUCAGAACCGCCAUGCUUCAGAGACGCCCCGUCAAAGAACACCCGCUCCCGCCGGACACGCAGUCCUGGGUGCACGUCCGUCCUGCUCCGAUGCAGCCCUCGGAAACCGCCGGGCUGUGCUACCACCCGCCGCCCCGGGAGCCGCCGUCCCCCGCGCAGACCUGGCCCCAAACCGCCGGCUCUUGUCGAGGAUAGGUGGGCAAGUGAACGGUCAGCCUUCUCCGUGGAGAGAGGCUCGGACACCAUCUCAAAGCAUGCCUCCUGUGGUCCCCGUGAUCCUCACUACAGACGCUGGUGGCAGCAGGCCGAGACUCUACACCCUUGGUGGACAGAGAGGAAGCAGUCAGGAAGAAGCCCAGUGACUUCUCCAAGUUCACGGGCAGAACUGGGGUCCAGGGCGUAGUAGACAGUGUGUCCUGGGGAUUUUCUCCCGCAGCCUCGAGCUACUCUGAGACAUGCUUGUUUUGAAUACCUGGAUGCCACGGGCGCUGACGGAGGGCAAGGCCGCCCUCCGCUCAGAACCGCCCGAGUCAGAGCGCCCCCCAGGAGCAAACUGGACAAUUCCGCUCUCUUUUCAUAACUCGUGUUGAGCUCGGGACCAGCUGCAGAGAAUCCUGUCCGAAAGGCCAGGUGUCCUCCUUGCCAGUUGAACACAUUAGUCCACGGCCCCACGCGAGGGUGAGACCAGCAAACGGAAAAGGGAAGUUAAGAAAGAGAAUUUGAACAGAAAGUCAAGUUCGAGCUGACCUACAUUAACACAAAGUCCACUCGCGGGUGUGCCGAGGACCUGACCUGGUUUUUAACCUGUGACUCCUGCUGUUCGGGAUCGCGUCACUUGUCAGAAUAUAGGCAGGGGAAGCGCACACUGACACAGGGACCUGGAUGUUUUCCUUUCUUCUUUUUUAAGCUGCUGAGGUAGUCGUCGCCACUGAGCUAAACUCGGAUCUCGAGGUGAAUGAAUGAAUGGAUUCCGGUGGUCCAGACGCCCUCGCUUCAAUGACCAAGAACCACCAGGCAGAACGAUCCCAAUGCUGGGAUCUUAGGUCACUGAGGCAAUAUUAGUUUCUCUUCUAAACUAGUUGGCAUGGUAACCAUGACAAGUGGGAACCGGGAAGACUUUUAUUUUCCCUUUCUGAUUUCCUUAUGAGACCUCAUCACUUGCAAAGUUUUAAAACGACCGGAUGAAGGAAGAGCAUCGUUACGGCCGUGACCCUCGGAACCCAAACAGCAUCAUCACCGGAGCUGAGAGAAGGUGGUUAUCAGCAAAAGAAACAGCUUUCAAGAGGUUCCUUUCAAGUCCUGCUUCCUCUUCGGAGUGUUCUCUGUUUCUCUCUUCAAGUGUGGGGAUGGCAUCUGUCUCGGCAGGUCACCGAACUGCGCCGGACACUGUCACUCCAGCCAGUGUCGGGCCCUGGCCCAAGUCCUGGGGGGCUCCUUGGACCAACAGACUAUUUUACAAACCUGGGAGGUGGGAGGGAUGGUCUAUUUUUGAUAACCAGACAUUCCAAUGUAAUGUUUUCCUUAGAGGUCACUCCCCCCAUUCAUGUUAUCGUGAAAAACAUCAAGUGUGUUCUUUUCUAUUUUCGUAUAAUAAACGGGCUUUGCUUACCAACAUCACAAUGGCAAAGAAUACUGUAUAAAACUGCAGGAAGAUAAACGUGCAAACUUUCUAUGAAAAAAAAAAAACCUCUGAGUUUCCUGUCGUCUUCUUUUGCAACUGUAGUGCGUAUGUUAAAACGUGUAUCAUUUACAGUAUCGAGUCACGUGCCACCGCUGUACCGGAUGUAUCCAAUCUGGAUUAAACUAUGUGCCACAAACCCUAAAA